AUGAGCAGCAACGAUGAACAUGCCGAGUCGGAAGAACAUGACGAAGAGGAAGAUGAAGACGAACAACAACAUGAAGUUGAUGAUAACGAAGCGGGAUCAGAAGUAGAACAAGAAGAAGAAGACAACAAUCAAAGUCCAGCCCAACAAGAAGAGGAGGAAGAAGAAGAAACAGAUAUUAGAGAUGCCGUUGAUCCAACGAAUCCAUUGGAUGAAGAUUCUGUUGAAGCUGCUCAAAAUCUCACUCAAGAAGAUGUGUUUGGUGAAGAAUUGAGCGAUUUAAGUGAAGAUGAAGAUGGUGUUCGAAGAAAUAAAGUAAAUGAUUCAGAUUUAAAUGGCAGUCAAGAUGUGAAUGAUGAUGAUCUGCUUGAAGAACAAGAAGAGGAAGAACAAAUUGAAGUCGAUACACCUCAUGUCACUUGUGAUCUCGGUCGUGAUACUCAUCUUGUUAAGUUACCGACAUUUAUGAAAAUUGAGCCCAAACCUUAUGAUCCUCAACAUCUCAACAUAGACAUUCAUGACGAUGAUGAUGAAGAUAGCAAAGCUAGAUUAAAACUACAAGUAGAAAAUACAAUUCGCUGGCGCUAUGGUACAAAUGAAAUUGGAGAAACCGUUCGCGAAAGUAACACGCGACUGGUCCGUUGGUCAGAUGGCAGUUUAACUCUGCAUGUCGGAAAAGAAGUUUUCGAUGUAUCAAAAGCGAAUAUUCAAAGCGAGCACAAUCAUCUAUUCGUUCGACAUCAAAAGAGUAUGCAAGCACAAGCUGUUUUUCGUACAAAACUCUCCUUUCGACAACAUUCGAAUGAUUCAUUAGCGCAUUUGAAACUCAAGUUUGCUAGUAAAGCAAAUCCCGCACCUAAAGUCCGCGUUCUUUCGAAUAUUAAAGCUCCGCUUUUGAAUAGUGUGGAUAUGAUGAAGAAAGAAGAACAACGUGCAAGAGCAGAGGAACGACGACGAAAUCAACAGAUGCGACAACGCGAACGUGCUGCAUAUCGAGAUCGAAAUAUGUCGGCGAGCUACUUGGAAGAUCGAGAUGAAGACGACGAAGAACUAGAACAAGAAUCGAUCAGCGCGAUAAAGAAAAACGUGAAAAAGAAGAAAUCUCAAGGUGGAUACCGAGAUGAAGGCACAAGUGAAGAGGAAGAGGAGGACGAAGAUGCCAGUGAAAAAUUCAAUAGUCAGCGUUCGUCGACAACGACCAAACAUCGAAAGAUCACUUCUUCAGAUGAAGAAGAAUCAGAUCGAGAACAACAAACAAAACGAAAACGAGUUCAAUCUGAUGCUGAAGAAGAGGAAGAGGAGGAACAGGAAGAACAAGAACAAGAACAAGAAGAGGAAGAAGAAGAAGAAGAGUCAGAUUGA